AUGUUGCCAAUCUCAUCACACCGAUUCAGGCCAACAGAAACCAACUCAGCUCUUGAAUUUGCAGUCACUACUCUCCAGGUUGAGAAUAUUAUAGUAAUGGGUCAUAGCAAUUGUGGAGGAAUCGCAGCGCUUAUGAACCAUCAAAACCAUCUAGAACAACCGUCUAGUUUGGUAGAGAGAUGGGUCAUGAAUGGAAAAGCCGCCAAGUUAAGAACACAAGAAGUUUCAUCACACUUAAGUUUUGCUGAACAAUGCAGAAACUGUGAGAAGGAAUCUAUAAAGGAUUCUGUGAUGAAUCUAAUAACCUAUCCAUGGAAAAGAGAUAGAGUCAAAAGAGAUGAAGUCAAGAUUCAUGGAUGUUAUUACAAUUUGUCAGAUUGUAGUCUUGAGAAGUGGAGACUCAGUUCAGACAAGAAUAGCAAUGAAUUCUAUGUUUCAGACAGAGAGAUAUGGAGCUGA